AUGAUAUCAUUUCUGAUAAUUCACUUUCUGGUGGUAAUCACGUGUUCAGAGUGUGAUUCUGCACGGACAAACUGUGGCAGUUUUAAAAUGAAAAAGGAAAUGCCCAAUAGACAAACGUUUGACCAGAAAUUACGUAAGGUAUAUAACCGAGUAAACAGUACCAGCUUGGAGUGUGCUGGAAUCUGCUAUGGAGACGAACAGUGUAACGGGAUGUUGGUCUGUCCGGGCGUCUGUCACCUGUUUGGAGUGUUCAGUGUACACCGGUCUACUACCCCAGGAGCAGACUUUAAUAACUGUGACGUGUUUAAUAUAUUAAUAUUUCUCAUACAUUUUGUUUUAUUUGUAUUUCAGAAUCGAUGUAAGAAGAACGGAUUCCCAGAUGAUAGCGGAUAUUGCAGCUGUACUCGAGGUUACGGAGGACCAUUCUGUGAAACUGUUGUUAAGGAUUCCUGCUACAACCAGUGGCACGUGAUAUACGAUAGCGAAACUGCCCAAAGUCUUGAUCCGUUUGAACGGGCUGCCAGUAAACCCCAUGGAUUAAAAAUAAAAUACAUAACUGAAGGAAAGAAAAUCCGUGGAGCGUCUUCAUUGUAUAUUAGGAAUUCUACAAUUGUGGUUCAGUCUCCAUUUGGACUCAGCAAGUCGUCAUGGAACUCGUUUAACGUCACGCCCAAAAGACUCUUUGAACUUACCACGAAUGGAAGGAUGCACAGUGUGUUGUCUGUUAACAUAGUCGGAACCCCAGCACUGACGUCUACAUCUGCAUCUACAAUUAACGCUACAUGGUUGAUCAAAGACUUCACAGAUGGGGAGUCCAUGCCUUGAAAAUGACAACAAGGGGGCGUCUGUAGCUGGUGAUAUUGACCUAUUGCUCUCAAAAAUUAAAGGUGGAUCAGCCAUACCAUCAUUUAAUACACUGUUUAUAAAAACAGAUCUACAACGGGUAGUUGAAGAAAGGCAUUUUAGUGUAAACCAGGAUCACCCUAAAAAAUCAUACUGGUUUUUAGCCAGAUAUUCUAGUGCUGGUUCUCUCAACGUUCUUCGCUGGUUGGUUGGACCAGGAAGCCUGGCUAGUUCAAGCAAUAUUCCACAGCCUUACACAUGGUGUAUUGAUGAUUGCUGGGUAAAGAUAUUCAGUGCAGAUCAGUUUGGCCUAAGACUCCACGGCUCUACCACUCAGUUAGCCCAAGCUCUACUCGGUGGUCACCAGCUGAGUCUACACAGCAGACGUGGCUUCAAGUACCAAAGCUGUCUACAUUCAUGGUCAGACCAUCUCAGCAUGGUUAAGGAAGAUCGUAUCUUCAAAUGGUCAGGUCCAGACUCGCAGAUACACACUCGAAACGGACUCGAUACUAGAAGAGUUGCAGGAACAACAGGACAUAGACUGGUUUGUGGACACACGUGAAUGGAUCAAGGUUCUAUCUGUGGCACGUGGCGGACAGGAUCUGAGUGGAUCACUUGCAGAUCUGCGUGAGAAGGUGCUGGCGGGAGCGUCAGCCCGUAUUGUUGUGGAAUACACUGACGGAAUAUGCCAAAUAGUGGAGGCGAAUCACCUCGAAGUGUCGUCUGCUGGCCACGUGGCUGCUGAAAUCAUCUACCACGCCAGCACCCAGUUUGGAGAGAAUUACAACAUCACGUUUACAGCUGCAUCGUCUCACCAUCUCUGGUCCACUAUCUUAACAACAGAGGGCGACUUUAACAAGUAUCUGUGCACGUACAAGAGGACUGGCGGCCAUCAUGAAACCCUGUCAUCUACUGUCGACAAAUACUCCUGGUUUGUUCAGGUGUAAUUUGUUUACUUACAGAAAUCUAUGACUUACAUGUUUUUAAAAGAGAACAUCUCUGAGAUAACACUAAAAGAUGCUGUUAACAUUGAAAAUUAGGAAUAAUUUAAACUUUCUUGUUGACAGUGCUGUAUUAUAUGUGUAUGUAUAUAUAUAUAUAUAUAU